AUGAAACAAUUAAAAGUAAAGAAAAAGGAUGUAUUUUUGAGAUUACAAUUCGAUAUCUUGAGUGUAUAUGAUCAGUUGUUGAACUAUAUGAAUGAAUUGUGUGUAUUUGGUGUAGAUGAGGCAAGUUUAAAUAUGAUAUUUUUUGAAUAUUUGUGGCGUAUCCAAAAGGAGUGUUUAAUUAUUGAUGAAUAUUUAAAAGAAUAUGUUACAUGUAGAAAGGUACUUGAUGAUGCUGCUAAAGUAGAAACGGAUAAAUAUAAAGAAAUUUUUGAUUCUGUUUGUGACAUAGGUCAGGAUCGUGAUAUAAUAUGGCAAACUAUUGUAGAUUGUUUAAAUAAGGGUCAAAGUAAUGAAAUAAUCAUUGGAUAUUUAAAAACAUUGGAGGAUGAACUGAAAAUAGGGUACAGUAGAGUUCUACAACUCAAUCAGGAGCGUGGACAGAUUAUUGAAAGCAUUUGCCAAAGUACUAAUGAUUCACCUGAACCUAUGACACGUGACAAGUGUGAUGAAUUGAUUCAACAAGUGGAAAUUUAUAAUAAAGAUGAAUAUUAUAAAAAUAAAUAUUUGAAGACCAUUGAAACUGAUAAUGUACGAGAUCGUGAAAAAAAACCGUGA